CUGCCGAACUUGAGUUCUUGACGUACACUCCAACCUCAAAUCCCAUCACAUCGUCUUGCUCAGUAACAUUUGCGAUCGUGAGAGAUCAGACGUGGAAUCGCUCUGGUUGAAAGUGGUUUGCGGAUUGGUGGCUGAUCUGUAGCCCAAUCCUACGUUUUGGAAGCCUCUGAAAGUUCAACAUGAACAGGAGUAACAAUGCCAGUGCCUUGGCAGGGGACACUCCGGAGAAUCCCGCUCCCAACCGUAUCCUGAGUCUCUUGGGCUUGUCUCGGAACCCGUCCCAAGUGAGCUUUGAUAAUCAGAGUGGGAGGAGCAGUAACGACAUGGUCGAUCUGGUCAAGAGCUUCUAUCCCAGGGAUGCAGGGGUUACCCGUGAGAUCCCGGAUUUUAUCUUCAAUCCCGAGGCGCAUCGCUUGCGCCAGAGACGCACGGCUGAGCGCAUGCGUCUCAAAAGAGAACAAGGAGGCCAGGACAAUCUCCUGGCCGCAGCCUUUGAUAAUGAAGUGGAGGACCAAAACCUCCGGUACAUCUUCAUGAUUUCCAGGACCUUGACACCCGAGUUCAAGGUCUUGCUUGGAUACUCGUACAAAACCUUGUAUCCCACCAUGAUCCUGAGCAAUAGCGAUUAUGUCCCGAGAAUAUGCGCAGUUUGUCUCCGAACCUAUCUGGAAUUCGUGCGCUUGUCCGAGCACGUUACGUCCUAUGCGCGCAAAAGAUUGAACAUCGCCGACAAGAUACCCGUCCUGCCUUACUUUGGGAGAUGGGGCACGGACUGUAUCGCUGAUCGACGUCUGGUCAUUGAGGAAUAUCUUAACUUUAUUCUGAAGAAAGACUGGGUGUUUCAAGUGAUGGGACUACAAUUGUUUCUCUACACUCAACUCCCCUUGUCCGAAUGUUUCGAUACGACCAAAGACUUAGUUCGCCUGACCAAAAAGAUCCCAAAGACCAUGAGAUCAUACGAGAAACGAUUCUUCUCAUCAGAUUUUAGCUAUCAAGAUUUGUACCAAUACACCGCCUUGAUCGUCGAAGAACAAGGUGAGCUGGGCGUGGACAUUGUCAACUAUCCGAAUGUCAUCAACGAAUAUUUGCUGGAAAAUCCGGAUGCGGAUGAUUCGCAUCCAUACGAUAAUGUUGAUGCCGUUCCGACUGAAAACGAAUUCGAUGGGGCAAAUAGAUUUAAUGUUGAUGACGAUGACGAUGACGAUGAUAGUGACGAUCAAUCUCCGCCAAUGUUCAUGUGCGGGUCACUCCGCAUUCCCAAACCUGAUGCCGCUGAAGAGCCCAUCGUAGAUGAUGACCUUGAAGCAAAUCCAAUCAAUAGCGCCCGCACCCCUGCCAUGUUCGUGCGCUCUCCUCCUCACAGCGAUUCCUCAUCGGCCUCUUCUCAAACGGGAGCUUGUCCCUGUCAAUCCCUUGGCAAUCAGUCGGCGGGCCAAUCUGUGGAUUCCGCCAGCAACUUCAUGCAAAUUGGCACUGAAGAACGCGUGGUCAACACGGCCCAGGGUCCCCAGGUUUACGUGCCCAAACUCCUUCACAUUGGCUCAUGCUCAUCCUUGGACCAUGCCUCCCUCCGUGCCCGAUCGAGUUCCAGGAUGGUCACUCUUGGCUCCCAAAUGGCCACUACACCAAGGGUGGCCAUUUCUGGCAGUUACAGUAACGACGAUCUUGUUCGCUUAGCCAACAGUCUGCCGGCCAACAUGGUGGACCAUAUGCACAUGGCUGGAGCGGAACCCAUUCCUGGACCCUCAGGCUUGCAAAACCGACCUCGCUUUGGAUCACCCAAAUCGAAUAACCGUCAUCGUCACCUGUCUAAGAUUGAUGAGGAGAAGGAGAAAUCCCCCAAGAAAAAGAAACCCGAAGAGGAGGAAGAGGACCCAGAGGAUCCUGACGAUGUGCCUGUCGACGAUGGCCGCAAAGAGGAUGAUAAAUCUAACGAUGAGAUCUUUGGCAUCGACGAGGAGUGAAGAGGUAGAGUGUGAGAAAAAUUGUGAUUCCAACACACAAUUACGGGUAACACCCAAGACAAUGAGAACCAUGCCUUGGCCUUAAUCCCUCCCUUGUAUAUGUAUUAAGAAUGAUCAUUAUUUCUCCAUUUCCGGUAUCUUACUAUCUUGUAAUAUUUCAAAGAAAAACUUUCAACUUUUUGUCAGACCCAACUGUUCAUGUGCUAAAUAUUUGAAAUCCUCGAGUCUAAAAUUGUAAUCACGGGCUCGCUAACACGUGCCUUUGAAUGUAUUGUGAAACCAUGAAAAAUAGAACAACUGAAACGUUACGAAA